GGUGUGGCCGCGUCUGGGAGGAGGAGAAAACAGCAGGUACAGAUCAGCGAGUCCCACAAUCUUCUCUCGUCUUCCGUGUAACAGCAAGAAAAUCCAACCUUCCGUCGAGCCGUUAUUAAUAAACAGCGUGGAUGUGGGCACAUAGAGGUUUGUUUACAAGAAGAGUAGAGUUCAGAGGAGAGCUGUGAUUUGUGGAGGAAAAACCGAACCAAACCAAACCUUUCGUCAAGUUUCACGGCCAACAUGGAUCUGUACUGUCGUUGUGUGUGUGGUUGAAUAAGAACUGUCAACUACAGCAGGACUUGUUCUCAUUGACGGCAGGUCAUGCUGAUGGACCAGGACACUCAAUGGUUGUACCACCUCCUGGCCGAGGUCCAGUUGGAGAAGUUCUACCUGCGAGUCAGAGAUGGACUCAACAUCACCCGCAUCGAGCACUUUAACUACGUCAAGGAGAGCGACCUGGAGCAGAUAGGAAUCAGCAAACCUGCACAACGAAGAUUAUGGGAAGCCCUGAAGCGCUACAAGGUGGCUUCGCGAUCACGGCCCAAGUGGCGAGGUCCGGAUGGAGGGGAGCAGGCUCAGAACGGUGGCAGCCGAGCUCUCCCGUGUCUGAUACAGGACAGCGAGCUGAUCAUGGGCGAGAAGCUCGGCUCCGGCUCCUUCGGAGUGGUCAGGAGAGCAGAGUGGCACUCACCCACUGGCAAAGUGCUGCCUGUUGCAGUGAAAUCACUGAGGAGCAACAUGUCCAGGCAGACGGACACGCUGACCGACUUUCUCCAGGAAGUGACCAUCAUGCAGUCGCUGGAUCAUCCCAACAUCAUACGACUGUACGGCGUGGUGCUCACACAGCCUCUCAAGAUGGUAACAGAGCUAGCGCUCAUGGGUUCUCUGUACGACAUGCUGCGCUCGCGUCAGUAUGAGUACCCCCUGGUCCGCCUCUGGCUCUUUGCUAACCAGAUCGUGGCAGGUAUGGAGUACCUGGAGACCAGGAGGUUCAUCCACAGAGACUUGGCUGCAAGAAACGUGCUGCUGGCGUCCCGGGAGAUUGUGAAGAUUGGAGACUUUGGUCUAAUGAGAGGUCUGAGCCAAGAGGCGGAUCACUACGUCAUGUCGGCGCAUAAGCGUAUCCCGUUCGCAUGGUGUGCACCAGAGAGUCUACGCGUUGGCUCCUUCUCCCACGCCUCCGACGUGUGGAUGUUCGGUGUCACCCUGUGGGAGAUGUUCACGUUCUGCGAGGAGCCCUGGUUCGGGCUGACAAGCCGACAGAUCGCGUGGCGUGUGGAACGGGAGGGUGAGCGCUUGGAGAAACCACAAGAUUGUCCUCAGGAGCUUUACGCCGUCAUGAGGAAGUGCUGGGCCUGCAAUGCUGCAGACAGACCCAGCUUCGCUCAGCUCGCCAUCAUGGUGUCAGAGGCCAAACCAAUGGAGGUGCAAGUAUCGAGGGACUUUUCUGAACCCAGAAAACUCGCACUGGUGGCCAACGACCUUGUGACAGUCAUAGACCAUGGUCUGGAGCUGAGUGAGUGGAAAGGCCAGAAUCAGAGGACGCUGGCAGUUGGCUGGUUUCCGGCGAGCAUCACCAUGCCAUUGCUCCCUUCUGCUCCUGCGGCUCCUCCCCCUACUUCCAGCCACCCACAACAUAACCCUGCUGCCAGCUCUGACUACAUCUCACCCCCUCUGAAGGGCAGCCUGCACCACACCGGACACGGAGACAUCAAACCUGACCGUUGCUGGGGAACACCAGAGGGCCUGGAAGACAACAGCAGCUGGAGGCCGAAUCCUGCCCGGGAGGAGGGAUCCAAUCUACAGAAAAUGGCAGGUUUGUCCCAUAGCCUGGAGUCGGUGUUGAGCGGACAUCGGCCUCGUGCUCACACAGUUGGGGUGUUGAAAUUGGAUCAGCACGGCAGAUUCCUGCCCCCAGGGGCUAAUAGUGUGGUGAUGCAGCAGGACCCCCGUAGAUUGAGCGAGGCCAGCAUCCCCCCCCCUCCUCGACCACCGCUCCCCAACCUGAAUCGCCCCAGAGUUAAGUCUCAGAGGAGGCCACCUACAGUCAAUCCCAUACCAGGGCCCCCCCGGCCCCCGCAAAUGGUCCUCAACCCUCCAGUGCAUCAUCAACAACAACCACAACCUCCACAGGUGGUCGGAGUCUCCAACCUGGUUAAGAUGGCCCAGUUGGCCCGCUCGACUCCGCAGCUGGAUGACAACACAGACGGCAGAGAGAGGGAACGAGUCCGAGAUCGUGAGAAAUCCCCUCAUGUGCAGACCACGAGAGAGAGUCUCAUCGCACAGGUUACGGAGGCAGUACAUGGAGUCACAACCGACGAGGCUCUUAGUGCACUUCAGCGUACUGAGUGGAACCCACUGCGAGCUGAGCAACAACUGAAGUUCGAGCAUCUGUACUCACUGAGCCUCUGCUCCAAAGAGGACUGUCUGAGGAUCCUCGCCAGAUACCAGUGGAACCUGGAGCUCGCCAGUCGCCACCUGCUCCGAUGGUCCCGGGAAGAGCGGCCAGGCCCAUGAGAGAGGGGGCAUCGCAAAUCAACUCAGAGAGUCUGAAGACAGUCAUUCAUUUUCUACUGCUUUAUCCUCCAUAUGAUGGGUCAUGGGCGACUGGAGACAAUCCCAGCUGACGUAGGGCGAACGUCAGGUCACCGGUCCAUCGCAGGGCCAAAAUACAGAGAUGGACAACCAUUGACUCUCACACUCACAUUUACUGUCACUAUAGACUGUUCAUUUAACCUAGUCUGCAUGUUUUUUGGACCAGAGAGAACACACAAACUGGUGACCUUCUUGCUGUGAGCCAACGAUUGAGACACACUAGCCCUCUGAAAGUUAUUUUCUGGCUGAUUUUCCUGAAUAAUUGAGUGGAUGUUUUUUAUGCAUCAUUCUGCUUAACAGACACACAGACUCCUUCCUUCCAACACUCAAUAUGGAAAUGGGUGUGGAAGCGCAGAUUAAAAUGGGAAAAUGAAGAUGGAUGAAUAUGAAAAGCAAUAUGCACAAUGUGUCUUACUACUGCUUUUAUUUGAAUUGUUUUUGUAUUUUUAAUGAGACCUCAUCCUGCACAGUGUGUUCGUUUAAAAUAGGUUUUUGUACCGUGAUGAAUUUUGUAUAUAUUUUAUAAGAACUUAACUUGAUGACCUGGUCUGACCUGAUUUUAUACAAUACAGUCUGUUUGCCAAAUAAGUCUGAUGAACUGCCAGUCUGCCAGUCUGUACCUGAAAAUAAAGAAUUUAUUGCGUUUUA